UACUACCACUACCACUAUUACCCAUUUACCGUCCAUUGGUGCCACCGGAGAGAUUUGAGACAAGAACACAAACAUCAGCUUUAAAAGCAACGCAACGCAACGCAACAUAACAUCUACACUGCCCCCGCGCUAAAGUUUACGAAUGGGUGUCGAAACUCGACGGUCGAAAUCUCAAAAACGAGAUAAGCUAUCAGUCUCGACGAGUGGCCGCGCGAAUGGUCCCUCGAACGGCGACAUGAACAAUAUGGAGCUGCGGCGCAAGGCUGCCGCACCGCAAGAGUCAAGCCAGGUUACGGCAAACCUCAUAGGACGCGAAUCGUUCUCCCUCGACGACAACAUUCCGAAAACCCCCUCCGUGAACAACCAUGGAUUCUGGGAACUUCCUUUGCAGGAUCAGAGGAAUUUUAUGCUGCUCGUGUUGCUAUAUUUCUUACAAGGCGUCCCUAUGGGUCUCGCGAGUGGAUCGGUACCCUUCUUACUUAAAGAACAUCUCUCAUUUGGAGAGAUUGGUGUCUUUAGCUUGGCAUCGUAUCCAUACUCGCUAAAACUGUUCUGGAGCCCGAUAGUAGAUGCGGUAUGGAGUCCUAAAGUUGGAAGGAGAAAAAGCUGGAUUCUUCCAAUCCAGUUGAUAUCUGGGUUUAGUAUGUUAUAUCUCGGGUCUAUGAUCGAGGAUUUAAUGGCCACGACGGGUAAACCAGGCGGACCGAGCAUCUGGAAUUUCACGGGGUGGUGGUUCUUUCUCGUCUUCAUGUGCGCAACUCAGGAUAUCGCUGUUGAUGGGUGGGCGCUUACUUUGCUUACACCGGGAAAUGUUUCUUACGCUUCGACGGCGCAGACGGUCGGUCUAACAGCCGGCCAAUUCCUAUCAUACACCGUCUUCCUAGCCUUUAAUUCUAGCGAUUUUGCCAAUCGCUACUUCCGCUCCGUUCCUUCGGAUGAGGGCCUUCUAAGCCUGGGAGGUUACUUGACCUUCUGGGGUUGGGCCUACAUUGCAAUCACUAUCGGACUUGCGCUUCUCAAGAAGGAAGAAAAGACAAAGAACGAGGAUGGUAUUUGGGAUGUUUACAAGAUCAUGUGGGAUGUCUUGAAAUUACGGAAUAUCCAGACCAUAAUCAUUGUCCAUCUCAUUUCAAAGAUCGGAUUUCAAGCCAACGAUGCGGUGACAAACCUCAAGUUACUAGAGAAAGGAUUUGGCAAAGAAAACCUGGCCUUGACUGUCCUUAUCGACUUUCCUUUCGAGAUAGGCCUAGGCUAUUAUGCUGGCAAGUGGUCUCAGGAAUAUACACCUAUGCGCCUCUGGUGCUGGGGCUUCGUGGGUCGUCUGAUCGCCGCUAUCUUCGCUCAGAUCACUGUUAGUAUUUUCCCAGCUGGUGGUGUCCAGCCUUGGUAUCUUCUUCUCGUCAUUGGCGAGCACGUUUUUUCGACGUUUACUUCAACCAUCAUGUUCGUUGCUGUUUCCGCAUUCCACGCUCGGGUUGCCGAUCCCGUAAUCGGCGGAACUUAUAUGACUUUGCUUGCCACAGUUUCCAAUCUAGGUGGUACAUUCCCGAGAUAUUUUGUCUUACGCCUGGUAGAUACCUUCACGCAAGCUACGUGCUACCCCCCAACGGAGAAGCUAGACAGCUCAACACUCAGGGGGCCGCUCGUAACACAGGAGUUCUCCUGCGCUGUUCAAGCUGAAAGGGAACGAUGCGAGCACGGCGGUGGUGCUUGCGAAAUCCUACACGAUGGGUUUUAUAUUGUAAACGUCAUCUGCGUUAUCGUAGGGGUGUUGACGUUCGCUCUGUACAUUAGGAAGAGAGUUUUGGUAUUGCAAAGUCUACCACUGAGGGCGUGGAGGUUAGCUGGAUCUCGAUAGAGAGAAGUAUUGACGUGUAGUGUACAUGUAUUAUAUGAAUAUGAAUACCUACCUAG